GUGUUGGCACCCUGCGUUAGGACUGCACCACUGUCCUGGGUGAAAAUGGCUGUCUAGACUUAAGAUCUGCCCGAAGGGACCAAGCCGUGGAUAUCGAGCCUGUUACAGCCUAACUCACGGCUCCGAGACCUGGAGGAGGAGCUCGGCUCUGAAAAGUGCAGACAUGAAUUCUGGAGUUGCCUUGAAAUACGGAAACGACUCCUCGGCGGAGCUGAGCGAGCUCCACUUGGCAGCCCUGGCAUCACUCAAGGGAGACAUAGUGGAGCUUAAUAAACGUCUGCAGCAAACAGAGCGGGAACGGGACCUUCUGGAAAAGAAAUUGGCCAAGGCACAGUGUGAGCAGUCCCACCUCAUGAGAGAGCAUGAGGAUGUCCAGGAGCGGACGACGCUUCGAUACGAGGAGCGCAUCACGGAGCUCCACAGCAUCAUAGCGGAGCUCAACAAGAAGAUAGACCGUUUGCAGGGCACCACCAUCAGGGAGGAAGAUGAGUACUCAGAACUUCGGUCAGAACUCAGCCAGAGUCAACAAGAGGUCAACGAGGACUCUCGAAGCAUGGACCAAGACCAGACCUCUGUCUCCAUCCCUGAAAACCAGUCCACCAUGGUCACUGCCGACAUGGACACCUGCAGUGACCUGAACUCGGAGCUGCAGCGGGUGCUGACGGGGCUGGAGAACGCCGUCUGCUGCAGGAAGAAGAGCAGCUGCAGCCUGUCCGUGGCCGAGGUGGACAGGCACAUCGAGCAGCUCACCACGGCCAGCGAGCACUGCGACCUGGCUAUCAAGACAGUCGAGGAGAUCGAAGGGGUACUCGGCCGGGAUCUGUAUCCCAACCUGGCGGAGGAGCGGUCCCGCUGGGAGAAGGAGCUGGCUGGGCUGAGGGAAGAGAACGAGAGCCUGACCGCCAUGCUGUGCAGCAAAGAGGAGGAGCUGAACAGGACCAAGGCCACCAUGAACGCCAUCCGGGAGGAGCGGGACCGGCUCCGGAGGAGGGUGCGAGAGCUUCAGACCCGACUGCAGAGCGUGCAGGCCACAGGGCCCUCCAGCCCCAGCCGCCUCACUUCCACCAACCGCCCCGUUAACCCCAGCACCGGGGAGCUGAGCACGAGCAGCAGCAGCAAUGACAUCCCCAUCGCCAAGAUUGCUGAGAGGGUGAAGCUAUCCAAGACCAGGUCUGAAUCUUCAUCGUCUGAUCGGCCCGUCCUGGGCUCAGAAAUCAGCAGCAUCGGGGUAUCCAGCAGCGUGGCGGAACACCUGGCCCACUCUCUUCAGGACUGCUCCAACAUCCAAGAGAUCUUCCAAACUCUCUACUCACAUGGGUCUGCCAUCUCCGAAAGCAAGAUUAGAGAGUUUGAGGUGGAGACAGAACGGUUGAACAGCCGAAUUGAACACCUCAAAUCCCAAAAUGACCUCCUGACCAUAACCCUGGAAGAAUGCAAAAGCAACGCGGAGAGGAUGAGCAUGCUGGUGGGCAAAUACGAAUCCAACGCCACAGCCCUGCGGCUGGCCCUGCAGUACAGCGAGCAGUGCAUAGAAGCCUACGAACUCCUCCUGGCGCUGGCCGAGAGCGAGCAGAGCCUCAUCCUGGGGCAGUUCCGGGCGGCAGGCGUGGGCUCCUCCCCUGGAGACCAGUCGGGGGAUGAGAACAUCACUCAGAUGCUGAAGCGAGCCCACGACUGCAGGAAGACGGCCGAGAACGCAGCCAAGGCCCUGCUCAUGAAGCUGGACGGCAGCUGCGGGGGCGCCUUCGCCGUGGCCGGCUGCAGCGUGCAGCCCUGGGAGAGCCUGUCCUCCAACAGCCACACCAGCACCACCAGCUCCACAGCCAGCAGCUGCGACACGGAGUUCACGAAGGAGGACGAGCAGAGGCUGAAGGACUACAUCCAGCAGCUCAAGAACGACCGGGCGGCGGUCAAGCUGACCAUGCUGGAGCUGGAGAGCAUCCACAUCGACCCUCUCAGCUACGAUGUCAAGCCCCGGGGAGACAGCCAGCGGCUGGACCUCGAGAAUGCGGUGCUGAUGCAGGAGCUGAUGGCCAUGAAGGAGGAGAUGGCUGAGCUGAAGGCCCAGCUCUACCUGCUGGAGAAGGAGAAGAAGGCCCUGGAGCUGAAGCUGAGCACCCGGGAGGCCCAGGAGCAGGCCUACCUGGUGCACAUCGAGCACCUGAAGUCCGAGGUGGAGGAGCACAAGGAGCAGCGCAUGCGGUCCCUCAGCUCCACCAGCAGCGGCGGCAAAGACAAGUCCGGCAAGGAGUGUGCGGACGCGGCCUCCCCCGCUCUCUCACUGGCCGAACUCAGGACCACGUACAGCGACAGUGAGCUGGCUGCCGAGUUCACCAGUGCCAUCCGUCGAGAAAAGAAGUUAAAGUCCAGAGUGCAGGAGUUGGUGAGUGCCUUGGAAAGACUCACCAAGAGCAGUGAAAUCCGCCACCAGCAAUCAGCGGAGUUUGUGAAUGACUUGAAGAGAGCCAACAGCAACCUGGUGGCUGCCUAUGAGAAAGCAAAGAAGAAGCAUCAAAACAAACUCAAGAAGCUGGAGUCUCAGAUGAUGGCCAUGGUGGAGAGACAUGAGACCCAAGUAAGGAUGCUCAAGCAAAGAAUAGCUCUGCUGGAGGAGGAGAACUCCAGGCCUCACACCAAUGAAACUUCACUUUAAUUGGCACUCGGGCACCAAAGUCCUACCGGUGGAAGCUAAAUUAUAGCAGGUCACCGGAGAGAGAAGGGCUCCAGGUGACAGAGUACCUGUUGGGAAAACUAAAGAUGAUUGGCAGGUAGGUCAGCACUAGGACAAUGGAGUGCCGUGAACUCAGCCCUGGAGGUGAGCGUCCCUGGUGACACUGUACAGACCACAUCCCGAGGACCGCAUGUAAAUACCCACUGUGUGUGCCAUGCUCAGCAGGCCUUGCUGCUGCUUCCAGCACGGCUUUGUCACGCUCCUCCUUUCCUGCGUCAGUGGUGUCCCAGGCAUUUGUCUUAUUGGAUUUUCCACUCUUUCCUUCUGUUUGGCAGUGACCUUACCUCUGGCAUCCCGAUUUCUCCUCUUUCGUUCUCCUCCAGGGAAAAACUGACAUACACAGGGGAAUGGGAGGGGGCCUACAUAUCUAGAUUUGCUUACUGC